AUGUCUGAAGUUCGUCAAAAUAUUAUUAGUACUUUCUGUAGAAGACCGUCUGUAGGGACUUUGGGAAGACAAAUUCGAGUGCGUUCUAAUUUCUUUGAAGUUCUUGCUUUACCAACUCAAAAUAUUAUCCACUACGACGUCACCAUUACCCCAGAUGUGCCACCUGCACUCAACAGAAAGUUAUUUGAAGAGUUUGAAACGAUUCAUCGUGAGGAAAAAUUGAAUGGAAUUAGAUCCGUCUUUGAUGGACGAAAGAAUAUUUUCGCUCCUCAAAACUUCCCAUUUGGGGAUGCGGCCACUUUUGAAGUUACUCUUCCCGAAAAUGAAAUAGUUUUUAUCAAGCGUACUCCAAAAAUUUUCAAGUUCAAAAUUAAGAAAACUGGAGAAAUUUAUAUGGAUGAACUUCAUCGAUUUCUUCAAGGAAGAAAUUCUAUGACACCUAACUGCUUAACUGUGAUUAUGGCACUUGAUGUUCUAAUUCGCCAUCUUCCCUCAAUGCAACACGUUACGGUCGGACGUUCCUUUUUCACGAAAGCUGGAGCACAACCCCUCUUUGGUGGUGCUGAAGUUUGGCAAGGAUAUUAUCAAUCGGCGCGUCCUGCUCAAGAAAAAAUGUUAAUCAACGUUGACUUGAGUGCAACCGCGUUUUAUGAGUCAGGACCUCUUGUACAAAUUGUUACCAAAAUUUUAGGCCGUAGAACUCCUGAUGACCUUCGUCGAGGCAUUACUGAUAAAGAACUAAUUAGAGCUGAAAAAACGUUAAAAAACCUUAAAAUUCGCGUUAUUCACCGUGGCGAAGCAACUUCCAAACGAAAUUUCAAAAUCGUUAAACUCACACCUACACCUGCUUCUCAAACAAGAUUUGAUGCAGGCGAUGGCACUACUAUAGAUGUUGCGAGUUACUUUGCCAAAACAUACGGUAGACGUUUAUCCUAUCCAUUCCUUCCUUGCGCAAUAGUUCAAAAGAACGUUUACCUUCCACUCGAGGUUUGCGAAGUUAUCGAAGGUCAACGUCAUAUACGCAAGCUGAAUGAAAAACAAACGGCCGAUAUGAUUAAAUUUACGUGCCAGUCACCACAUAUGCGUGCAAAUAAAAUUAAACAAGGUGUUGACAUCCUUAGCUACCGUAAGAAUGAUUAUCUCAAACAAUUUGGUUUGGAAGUCACAAACGAUAUGAUAGUGAUUCAGGCACGCGUUCUUCCUGUACCAACUUUACAGUAUCAUCCUUCUUCGCGUGAACAUACUUUCCAACCACGCGAUGGAUCUUGGAACUUAAAAGAUAAGAAAGUAGCACAAGGCGCAGUUCUUGGUUCGUGGUCAAUUCUUGCAUUUGGAUCAGAACGCGAUCUUCCAACACAAUCUAUUCAAGCAUUUAUUCGAGAGCUAGUAAUUACUUGUCAAGAAAACGGAAUGAGUGUUCCAAAUAGAACACCACCUAUAAUGCAUACGAAUCCUCAAGGCGAUAUUGAGGGUACGCUAAAGACAUCAUGGCUAUAUGCAGGAAAUGCCGCCAAAGCUCAGCCGCAGUUGAUAAUUUGUAUUCUUCCCAACACCGGAGUUCCUCUUUAUGCUGAAAUUAAACGUGUUACCGAUACUGUCAUAGGUGUUGCGAGUCAAUGUGUCCAAAGUCGACAUAUGAUGCAAGCAAAGAAACAGUAUUGUGCAAAUUUAUGUCUUAAAAUCAAUGUAAAACUCGGUGGAAUGAACUCAUUUAUAAACCCUAGUCAAAUUCCUUUCAUUACCGAUAGACCUACUAUUCUUAUGGGGGCCGACAUUUCACAUCCAUCUCCCGGUGAUCCUUCUCGACCUUCAAUUGCAGCUCUUUGUGCAUCUAUGGAUGCUAGGGCAUCAAGAUAUUCGGCAGCAAUUAGAGUUCAAACUAGUCGUACUGAAAUUAUUGCAGAUUUGGCUAAUAUGGUUAAAGAACUUUUAAAAACCUUUUAUCAGACUUGCGGAAGAAAACCAGAUAGAAUUCUCUUUUAUCGCGAUGGUGUUUCUGAAGGUCAAUUUGCUCAAGUUCUUGAUGGAGAAAUUAGUGCGGUUCGGGCUGCAUGCAUGUCUCUUGAGCAGACAUAUAAACCGACUAUCACUUUUGUGGUCGUUCAAAAGCGACAUCACACUCGUUUCUUUCCUCUAGAUAAACGCGACUCUGAUAGAACUGGAAAUUGCCUUCCUGGGACUGUAAUCGAAUCCGGAAUCACUCAUCCCUAUGAAUUCGAUUUUUAUCUUCAAAGUCAUGCCGGAUUGCAAGGUACAUCUAGGCCAACUCAUUAUCAUGUCCUAUUUGACGAAAAUGCUUUCACAUCUGACGCACUUCAAGUACUUUCAUAUAAUUUAUGCUAUUUAUUUGCUCGCUGCACACGCGCUGUUUCUUUGGUUCCUCCUGUAUAUUACGCUCAUAUUGUAUGCCGACGAGCACGAUUUCACGCAAAGGAUCAUUGGAGUGAUACAGAAUCCGAUAGCGAAGGAGACCAAGGAGCCGCUUCAACUUUUGCCGUAGUUAAACCUGAAUUACAAAAAGUUAUGUAUUUUAUGUGA